CGCGGCUCGGCCACUGCGCAGCCGCGAGAGGGCGGUACCACGGCGGCUGCGACAUGGGGGGGCGCGGAGGGGACGCCGGAAGUAGCAGUGGUACGGGUCCUACCGAGGGGUACUUACCGCCGGCUGCGUCCACCAGAGCGGCGGCUAGAGCCAAGGCCCGAAGGGGUGGGCGUGGCGGCCGGCGGGACGCAGCCCCCUCUAUUCCCUCUUCUCGCGGAGCGGCGCCGCGUCGCUCCCCUCCGCCAGCUGCCAUGAGCGAGCGCCUCCGCCCCAGGAAAAGGAGAAGGAAUGGCAAUGAAGAAGACAACCAUCUUCCCCCGCAGACCAAAAGGAGUAGUAGAAACCCUGUCUUUCAGGAUUCCUGGGACACAGAGACAGUACCUGUAAUGAAAAGCAAUAAAGAAAACAGACUAAGAGGAAACAAAGCGUUCUGCGCGUCUUCAGGCAGUGACAGUGGUGGCAGCAGCAGUAGCAGUAGCAGCAGCAUCAACAGCCCAGACAGGGCCAGUGGGCCAGAAGGCAGCUUAAGCCAGACCAUUGCCGGAUCCAGUCCUAACACCCCUCAGCCCGUGCCCGAGCAGUCUGCACUGUGCCAAGGCCCUUACUUCCACAUCAACCAGACCCUGAAGGAGGCCCACUUCCACAGUCUACAGCACCGAGGACGGCCUCCGACAUGAUGUGCCGGCAGUUUCUUGCCUUCUGUGAAGGGACAGCGCUGUGCAGAUUGGAUAUUUCAACUUGUGAUUUGUUUUAAAAAAUAUUGCACACACACAAAAAUGCCUGUUGGCUUUUCGGUUUAUAUUUGAAAUAACAGGUUAACAGGCAAUUGUUUACUUGUGGUUUUGCUGCACUAUUGCAAUUUCAAAGGGGCUUUGAAGCAAUUUUUUUAUAGGAUUCUUCUGAGGGAGGGUGUCAAAUCCAUGUCAAGGUAGUGGUAUGAGGAAAUCUCAUCUGUGUGUUGAAUCCAUAGUAUGUCCAAUUCAGACUGAUUUCCCAAUCUGUCAAUUAGAAAUUCUACUUUAUGUAAAAGGGCCUUUUAAAAAUGCGGGAUCUUCAAUUUUUUUAAUUCAAUAAACUAGUAAAGAGUA